CUCGAAAGACCACGUUAACACAAACAAAAUCAAGUCUCUUUCUCUCUCCUCUCCUCUCAUUUCUCUUCCUCUCUCCGAAAGUUUACUCUUUUCCUCUCUUUGAUCUUCUUGUAAAGAGAUCUUGGCCUUUGGAACUGUUUGUUUCUUGAGAACAUGGGAGCACUUGUUGUCAAUCCUCAAGAUUGCCUGAAAAAUCCCUUACAAUCACAUCCCCCACGCAUGAGGUUCCCACGGAACCCAAACCCUAACAACCACCGCCCAAACAGGGCACAACCCAAUCGGCGCAAGCGGAGUCCCAAUUCAUCCCCGCCUUCACGCGCCGCUGUUCCCAAGGAUAACAAUAGCCUUGUUACGGGACAAGUCAAGAUCCUCAAACGCGGCGAGGAAGUUUUAGUCAAGCCCUCAAAGGUGGAGGCUCCAAAAGGGAGUCCGAUUCCUAAGGCAGUGAAAAAUGGAAAUCUGGGUCUGGGUUCAACAGCCAGGUUGGGUCCGGAUCCUGUGCUGGUUCCAGCUCGCGUCCGGCUCACUGAGUCAAACGGAUUUUAUGCUGGAUCGGCCUUUUUUACAUCGCCGCCUCCAAGCUCUCUUCCUUUACCUGGUUUUUUUAGAAAGAAAAAUGAUCCCGUUGCUGAUGCAGGCAGUGAGCUGAGGAAGCUUUUAGGCCUUAGUCUAUAGCUUGAAUUAGGUUUAUUUGGUGGGUUUGAAGUUGUUGGGUGGGAUUUGAUAGUUGGAGGUUAUGAUGAUAGUGGGGUUUUGAUUUUGAUGUUUUGCUUUCGAUUUUCCCUUAUUUUUUCAAGGGGAGCAGUCGAAUUGCUUGACUUUAAAAUUAUGUCUUGUAUCGUGUGUUGUGUCUAUGUAUAGCUUUAUUAUCUAGUUUGUGUCAGCUGAUUGUUAGAAAUUAGAAUCUCUAAGUAGUUUCUGGGUAAUCAAGGUUACAGUUAGGUUCAUCUUGCUGUGCAAGUGAAUUAUGGUUUAGUUUUAUGGUUUUUAAGUCUGUAAUUGUUCUGUCAGGUAGAUGACUUCUUCUGUCCUCAGUAUUCAGGGGUAUUUUUCAUCCCUUUUUAUGAUGUACUUGAUUAGUUAUCUUAAUAAUAGUUUUUAAAAUUAUUUCUAGUGU